CUACGAAGAUGCUUUCAAAUAAAAGCAGCGGAGCAAGGAGAGAGAAGGGAAACCAAAAAUCAACACAGAACACAUAUGUUUCAAACUUUACCUUUUCUCUGUAACUCCUUCGCGGAGCUCUCCUUCUAUGAAGGAUCUCCAUAGUUGGUAGAAGCUAAGUAGUUAUAGUCGCGGAGCUCUCCACAGGAAUCUCCAUAGGAGUAGUCGUAACGUAGAUUCCCCAAAACUCAAACAUCCUCGUUCGAACGUAGUUUGGAGAGGUGUGAACCAUAGUAACAGUUGCGUUGGUUAGAAGUCAGAGGUGCAUCGAUCAGAUCAACAUAGGUCUGCGAUGGAUAUUUGACGGUCACGUUGAUUUCAACAUUCAGAGGUGCAUCGAUCAAAUCAACACUGCCUGGUGGAUAUUUGACGAUCGUCUUCAUUUUCAGAAGUCAGAGUUGCACCGAUCAAAUCAACACCGCCUGGUGGAUAUUUGACGGUCGUUUUGAUUUUGACAAUCAGUGGUGCAUCUAAUCAAACGACACCACAAGAGUUUCCACCGCGAAAUAUCAAAUCAACAUCGUCGUUUGGCACGCCGGCGAUGGUAUUUGGUUUCGCUAGAAACACCGAUCUUGCCCAAAACUCGAAUAUGUUAUCGGAUGAACUCCCACUCAAUCAUCAACGUCACCCAUUUGAAGGGGCUACAAUCACACAUAUCAAAUCUUUGCUAACAACACAAGUCCUCUUCUUGAUUCCUCUAGGAACAGGUCUCCGCGUGAUUGCUAGAUUGCCAGGCAAUACCAAUCCUCAUUUGGGCUCAAUUUCACGAGACUCCAGCUUGGCUUUUAUUCUAUAGUGGACUGGUGGUAGUACGAGUGGGCCUAAGCCCAUGGGCCACCACUUUAGAUAUAGCCCCUCGUUCACCGUCCUUUUUCUCCUUUCUUCCCCGAUUUUUUUUUUUAAAACUUCCUUCACGGUUUCACCACUCCACUCUGUCAACUUUAUGACCCUUCUCUCUCUGCUCUGCUGCGCUCUGACUUAGCCAGACGACCGUUCCAUUCCCAACUGCUCUCUUCUCCUUCUUCCUCCCACUAUCGUUCUUUCCUCUCAACAACCCAACCUUAAUAGCAAUCCGUUCUCCCAGCUCAGCUGACUUCCUUUUCUGCAUUCCCUUUUCUCACGCCGAAAUUCUCCGAGUUCAAGCUUCAAUUCCGAUUGUGGAAUGGCGAGGAGCUUCAACUAAUGGGUUCUCCUCGAAUUCCCAUUUGAAACUCUGCGAAUUUCCUCUUCUUAUUGUUGUGGUCCGUUUUUGUUUGCUCUCGCGGGGAAGAAGGAAAAGCAACGAUGUCCGUUGCUGAGCUGAAGGAGCGUCAUGUGGCGGCUUCGGAGACGGUCAAUACUCUCAGGGAACGGUUGAAGCAGAAACGCCUUCAAUUGCUCGAUACGGAUGUUGCUGGGUACGCUAGAGCUCAGGGGAAAACUCCGGUCACCUUCGGCCCCACCGAUCUCGUGUGCUGCCGGACACUUCAGGGGCAUAGUGGCAAGGUUUAUGCACUGGACUGGACUACUGAAAAGAACCGGAUAGUGAGUGCUUCACAAGAUGGGAGGUUAAUAGUAUGGAAUGCCCUAACGAGUCAGAAAACUCAUGCAAUCAAACUGCCUUGCGCAUGGGUCAUGACCUGCGCCUUCUCACCAUCCGGGCAGUCAGUUGCUUGUGGUGGUCUCGAUAGCGUCUGCUCAAUCUUCAACCUCAAUUCCCCGCCUGACAAAGAUGGCAACCUAACGGUGUCCAAGAUGCUUAGUGGACACAAGGGUUAUGUUUCAUGUUGUCAGUAUGUUCCGAACGAAGAUACCCACCUAAUAACUAGCUCGGGUGAUCAGACAUGCGUACUAUGGGACACCACGACUGGUCUCAGGACUUCUGUGUUUGGAGGCGAGUUUCAAUCUGGUCACACUGCUGAUGUAUUAAGUAUCUCGAUUAAUGGAACAACGUCGAGGAUGUUCGUAUCUGGUUCUUGUGAUGGAACAGCUCGGUUAUGGGACACUCGCGUUGCAAGUCGAGCUGUGCGUACAUUCUACGGGCACAACGGAGACGUUAAUGCAGUCAAGUUCUUUCCAGAUGGGAAUAGGUUUGGAACUGGUUCGGAUGAUGGAAGUUGUAGGCUAUUUGAUAUCCGGACUGGACAUCAAUUGCAAGUGUACGAACAACAGCAUAAUGGUGAGAGUGAAAAGCCGCACGUGACCUCCAUUGCAUUCUCUAUAUCAGGAAGGCUUCUCUUUGCAGGCUAUUCGAAUGGUGCCUGUUAUGUAUGGGAUACUCUUCUUGCAAAGGUUGUCCUGAACUUGGGAGCUCUGCAAACCUCACACGAAAGUCGUAUCAGUUGUUUGGGUAUGUCAGGUGAUGGAAGUGCCCUAUGCACUGGAAGUUGGGAUUCAAAUCUUAAGAUUUGGGCCUUUGGUGGGCACAGGAGGGUUGUCUGAGGAGCUAAUCGGCAUUCAAACACAUUCUUCUCUCUCGCCAUUCUCUUCGCUCUCAUUGGCACUUCGAACUUGUUACAAUUUUGUCCUGGCUGGCAUGGAUGGAGUAAUGGAGAGAAAAGAGCCUUGGCCUGGGGGGUUUGCAGGAGCCAGUGCAGUAGCACGAUCAGCCGUUUAUC